CAUUUUGGUUUCACAAACUCACGCAUGCGCAGACUAUGUUCAUUAAAGGAAGGCUGGAUUAGGCCUAGUGAAGUUGCUGGUGAAAAACAGAUCACUGCCUUGCUUUGGAAAAUGGCAUUGUUUUUCAGUUUUGCCGUUCUUUUCGUCGUAUUCCCUGCUUUGCAUUGCCAGUCUGGAGAUACCCUCACAGUGUCCCCCACUGUCCGGGAACUCUUUAUGAAAGAUGGCGUCAUGCAGUACUUGAAUUGCAGCUCAACAUCACUGAAGAAGGAUGCAAAGUUAGAGUGGACUCUACCGAAGGAUACCCUGCGUAUUGAAAAAAUUGAAGCAAAGAAGUCUAUCGGUGGCAGCUUGAACUUGGAGCAUAACAUUAUGAUUCCCAGCUUCAGUUCUCAGUAUUCUGGCAAAUACACAUGUUCUUUGAUGCUGAAUAAUGUAGCAGAGACGACCUAUGACAUCACUCUCACUGCCAUCAAAGAAAAUAAGACUGAGCCGAGGUUUUACAUGGGCAAUGACACAGCCACCCUGUCCUGUAGUAUCAGCAUUCCCGGAUCGAGUUCCAGAAAAAUCGAAGGCCCCAUCUGGUUCAAAAAUGGAACCAAGGUUUCAGAGCUGAAGGAUGCCGAUCGUUUUGAAUCUUCCCUUGAAAAUAAAACCUUGGUAAUUUCGGAGACAACUCGUCAAGACGCUGGCUUGUACGUCGCUCAGUUUGAGAUUGAUGGUUCUGAAAAGUAUGAUUGCCAGGUUGCUUACAUUGCUGGCCCCCUUGUGUUGGACUUCGAAAAGUCAAAGAAUCUGAUUCAGGAAGACAACAUGGAGCUUCGGUGCCAAGUGAAGGGCUAUCCUUACGCUGUGGUCACUUGGUUCAAGGAUGACCAGAAGCUCAACGUGAGCAAGGACAACGAUCGCAUCCAGCAGACUCCUCUUGAUGGGUACCAGAACGCCAGACUCACAAUCAAGAAUGUCGAGUUCUCUGAUGCUGGCGAGUACAGGUGUGAGGCCUACACUGAAUCUCUGAAUGAAACCAAUGCCAAGACAAUUGUCGUUCGUGUGAAAGACAAACUCGCUGCCCUGUGGCCAUUCCUUGGCAUCGUGUGUGAAGUGUUCAUCCUCUGCACAAUCAUUUUCAUUUAUGAAAAGAAGCGCAACAGGCAGGCGGAGCAGGCUGACAACGAUGCACAGGAGGCUGACCAACCUGAAAAGAAAGGAAAUGUGCGGAAUCGCAGAAACCAGAAAUAGAUUUUUAGUGAUGGUGCAACAACUGAUAACGUGGAAGGCCUGAGACAUAGGAACACCCCGGCCAACAACCCCAGAGCCUGAUUUUGAAGAGAUCUUUUGUUAUAAAAUGAUGUGUCUCAACUAACAAGCAAGAUGAAUUUUGACACCUUCGUCUUUUUUUAUUUGCUCAGUAUUUAAUAAAAAAUCAUUUAGCCACACCAUCUAAAACUCUGGUGUGUUAAAUAGUGAUAAUUGUGUUAACUUUGUGGCGCCUAUGAUAAUUGCCACGCAUUUCGACUCCCUAGCUGUCUGCUUUUAGUGUGAGGAAUGCAGAUACUAUCGCCAUGUGUCUGCUUAUGAAAUUUGUUCCAACUUAACCAGUUGUCGAGCUAAUGCUCAAAGUAAUUUUUACUUCCUCAUGGCCAUCCCAAGAGAGUGAUGUUGAAACUUACACUCAUUUUUUUUUGCAAUAACUAAUGGUGGCUUUGGGUUGGAGAAACUUACUAAAAUACACAGAAGAACUGAUGAGUUCUAAAACCUUUUCUGCUCCAUUUGUAUUACUCAUCAAGAGUUGCUAUAAUCAUCUAAAAGAUUUCUUAGAGAUUUAUAUGUGUUUUGUUUCCAACAUAAUAUUAUAUGCUUUAAGUUGAAUUUUUAAUUUCGACCCAGUGUGUUGGGUUUUCCCAUUUUUGUUUACUAGAACUUGUGAAGCAUACCUCAGAUGUGCAACUAGAAGUAGAUGUUGAACUCUGUGUGGACUUCAGACUUUGUACCUGGCAGUUUUUGUUUGUCUCUGCACGAAAGUUCUUGCUUUGCCAGGCUUUUAUUUGAAGAGGUUAUGCAUGAAAAGUUAUACCCUGUUAGCUGUGAUAAUAUGUCCAGGAAAGUGUGGGUUUGGCUUCUGCGUCGUGGAUUAAGAGCGAGCCUGAGAGGUAUGAUAAUCAGUUACCUGAAGAGUACAAGAAUUUUUUGUUUUUGUUUUUGGUCUUAUUCAGUGUUCAUGAGUAAAUGUGCAGUGUAUAUGAUAAAAGAGCAGAUGACGGUGAAUGCUUUGUGUCCUGUUGAUGCUUUCUAUUUGAAUAAUUAGGAGAAAUGUAGUGUAUUUGCUAUUCCUCUUGAUGUUGUAUACAUUGCCUCACCAUUUCCAGGUUCUAUUGUUAGUAUGUUCAUUUUUCUUCAUUCAUUGCACAGUCAAUGUUCUGCUCCAUUCUCUUCCAUGUUUGCUGGCCACUUCUCUCCCAAGUAACAGAUUCCUCUAUGUUCAUUUUUCUUCAUUCAUUGCACAGUCAAUGUUCUGCUCCAUUCCCUUCCAUGUUUGCUGGCCACUUCUCUCCCAAGUGACAGAUUCCUUGUCACCUCCGAUUGGUGGGUUGUAAUGUCUACCUUCUGAGAAUAAGAAAAAAUAGGCUGUUAACCCAUCUUGGGUAAAAGUUGUAACUUAAAACAAUUUCUUGAUCAUUUCACGCUCUGUUUCCAUAUCUUGCAAUCUUGCAGCCAUGUCGUAUCCAUAAGUUAAAAUGGUUCUUAUUGAGCCUUUCCAUUGGAGCAAGUGAAAUUUAUUACUUGCCAGUUUAGCAAUUCUAAAAGUAAGGCCAUAGAACAAGAGAUGCUUGUGGAUACUGGUAACGCCUUAAGAAUGGAUGUCUUAUUUUGGAAAAAUGCUUCGUCUUUGACUGUUUUUUUGCUCUAUUUCUGUCUUUCAAACAACAAAAGAGUAUUUUUAGUAGAAGCAUUGAUGUCUUAGAUUUUUGUCACUUUCAGGAGAAGUCCAGUCUAUAUCCCAUCAAUAACCAAUUAAUAAGUGAUACUGUUUAGCAUUGCACUUGUAUAAUCCCACUACUUGAUUUUAUGCUUCUAAUGAAAAGAGAAUACUUCCUUCUCUGUCAUCAACUUACUAUUCAGAAAUCUUUACAGCCCGUAUCCCCCUUCCCCUUAUUUUUAAUAAUUUUUUUUUUUUACCAGAUUUGUAGUGUGAAUGUGAUUAUGAAAUAAAAUGAUUUUCAUCUCCACUUU